AUGGUGGACGAUGGAACACGCAAAGCUUUGAGUGGCAUUCCGUUGCUCAAAACGAAAGCAGGCCCGAGAGAUAAGGAACUUUGGGUCCAACGAUUGAAGGAGGAAUAUCAAGCACUAAUCAAGUACGUGCAAAACAACAAAUCAUCCGACAUGGAUUGGUUCCGGUUAGAGUCCAACAAGGAAGGCACGAAAUGGUUCGGAAAAUGCUGGUACAUGCACAAUUUACACAAGUACGAGUUCGACGUGGAGUUUGAUAUUCCAGUUACCUAUCCCACAACAUCGCCCGAAAUUGCACUGCCCGAGCUGGAUGGAAAGACUGCGAAAAUGUACCGCGGGGGUAAAAUUUGUUUAACCGACCACUUCAAACCACUCUGGGCGAGAAAUGUGCCCAAGUUCGGUAUUGCGCACGCGAUGGCACUGGGGCUUUCACCCUGGUUAGCUGUCGAGGUCCCGGAUCUAAUAGAGAAAGGCGUCAUAUCGUACCAGGAAAAGGGUGAAACGUCUGGUUAG